UUUCCGGUCUCGACCUUUAGUCACUGUCUUGCAACAAGUUAGUCUGCUGAGGAGUGAAGAAAGGAGCGAAACUUUUCAGGUGGCGCAGUGAAUGAUUAACAUGGUAUAUGGAAAUAUUCAUGCUGUCACCAAAAUGCCUGGUUUCGUAUUCCGGUCGAUGCUGAGCCUCUUGAGACAAUUAUAGAAUGGCUCUGAAGACGCAGAGGGAGAUGGCUGCACUCAGUGGUAAAGUCCAGACGGUGCUAGGCCUUGUUGAGCCCACCGAACUGGGCCUCACCUUGACUCACGAGCAUCUAACCAUGACCUUUGAGUGCUGCUUCAGCCCUCCCCCGCCUGGGCAGGAACACCUUGUGGAAGCGCCCAUUGAGAUGAAGAACCUCUUCUGGCUAAAACAGAAUGCCUACAGCAACAAAGAGAACCUGCUGCUCAACCAGGAGAGUGAAGCUGUGAAGGAGGAGCUCCUGCUGUUCAAGAGAGCUGGUGGUGGUACCAUAGUAGAAAACACUACCACUGGGAUCAGCCGGGACUUGAAGACACUGAAGAGGCUCUCACAAGAGACUGGUGUGCACGUGGUGGCCGGAGCUGGCUUCUAUGUGGGUGACACCCACUCCAUUGAGACUCAGAAAAUGUCUGUGGAGCAGCUCACAGAUAUUAUUGUAAGUGAAGUACUCCAUGGAGCAGAUGGCACAGAUGUCAGGUGUGGGGUGAUAGGAGAGAUUGGCGUCUCCUGGCCCAUCAUGGAGAGCGAGAAGAAGGUCCUUCAGGCCACUGCCCAUGCUCAGGCCCAGUUGGGCUGCCCUGUGAUCAUUCAUCCAGGCCGAAACCCCACUGCUCCAGCCCAGAUUGUGCGCAUUCUUCAGGAGGCAGGGGGAGACAUCCCCAAGACAGUUAUGUCCCAUCUUGAUAGGACAAUAUUUGACAAGGGUGAUCUGCUGGAGUUUGCCAGUCUUGGGAGUUACUUGGAGUAUGACCUUUUCGGUACUGAAAUGCUGAAUUAUCCAUUUAAUCCUGAUGUGGAUAUGCCAAGUGACAGUGACAGAAUCAAGAGUAUCAGACUGCUGGUGGAGGAAGGUUUUGAAGACAGAGUUCUUGUUGCCCAUGACAUCCACACCAAAAACAGGCUGACAAAGUUUGGUGGGCAUGGAUACUCUCACAUCCUUACCAACAUUGUGCCAAAAAUGCUCUCAAGGGGCAUCAAGCAAAGCGUUGUGGAUAAAAUUUUAAUUGAAAAUCCAAAACACUGGCUCACUUUUAAGUAAGCACAAAUAAUUGUUUAUUUGGGGAACAGAUUAUCUGUCCAUUUCAAAUAACAAAAUGUAUGUAAUUAUAUUUUUCAGAUUAAGGUGCUUCUUAAAAUAAUUUUCAAUAAUGAAGUUUUGUAACUGAAUUUUAAUGUGGCUAUAAAGAAAUUUAAGAUUUUUUUCUUGAGGGAUUUUGUAAUGUUUUGCUAAUCUUUCCAUUGGUUACAAUUCCUCAUCACAGCACAAACAAAAAAAA